CUCAUGUCUUUCUUGAUUGGGCAGUAUUGACUGAUGGGGGGCAUGAAAAGCAUAUCUCCCUUGAUCCGCUUGGGUGGCCAUGAAACAAACAACUCUGUAUUAUGAAAAAUCUCCUUUCUUCUCCAUCUUGCUUCUCGCUUUUUCUCCUCUCGUUCUUGCAAAUCUCCCUCUCCCUCUCUCUAUCUCCCUCACUUUGGUGGUAUUGGACUUUGAACGUCUGCGAGGGAGAGAGAGAAAAAAAUCAUGUCCUUGUUUUUUUGUACUUUUUUUUGCUGCAGGUUGAUGUGUGCAAAUCGGUUCUAUUUUCUCGAACGAAGCCUUUGGGGUUAUCUAGGCUAGGGCUGGGCUGGGCUUAUCGGGCUGGGGGUGAAAAGAGCAGUUUGGUAUAGCUCUGCGUAUGGAGUUGGGGCGGGGAUGGCACAUAUAGUUUACGAUUACGCUGUGAUGGCUACGCUGUGCUAUGCUAUGCGAUGCAAUGAAAUGCGAUGAUUGGUUUUGGG